GUUCUUAUCCUUCAGUAUCUUUAUCUUAUCCCGUCACCUUUUAAAAAGAGGGGAGAAAUCUGGAAAAAUCUCUUUGAGGAGUCCGUAGAGCAUCCAUUAAAGAUGAGUCCUCUGUGGGUUUUCGGUUUUCUUUUGGUGACUGCAACUUUAAUAAUUGCAGACGAUAGUUCUGAAGAAUUAGAGGACAAUGAAUUUGUUCAGCUUUCAGAUUCAAUUUUGCUCCCUUAUCACUUCAAGAAAGCAUCGCUGCACUGUCCGGGUCCCGAUGUCAGAUAUCCGCAUGAAACACACUGUUCCUUGUUCUAUGAGUGUCGAACGGCAUCCAGGUUUAACAUUAAAUUCGCCUACCCUCAUCUGAUGAAAUGCAAUACAGGAAAACUCUUCGAUAAGGAACAGGGGAAAUGCGUUGAAGCGAGUCAAGCGAAAUGUGCAAACUCGGGGAACGAUCAGGAUCACGGUCGUGACCAUAAGCAGGUGUCUGCAGGCUUUGGUUGUCCCUUCCCAUUUGGCAGAUUUGCAGACCCCCUGAACUGCGGCCGAUAUUACCAAUGCACAUGCACCACUCCCCGCUCUCAUCAAUGUCCGGAGAAGACUAUGUACGACGAACGCAAGGAGGAAUGUCUGGACGAAAAUCUGGUCAGGUGUGGCAAUAGACCUGGUGGAAUUGAGAUAGAUGAUGAAUUCGAAGAACUGAAAGAGAGGAAAAAUCUUCGUUGUCCAUGCUCCUUUGGAACAUUCAUCCACCCUGAUGACUGCUCCAAGUUCAUGAUUUGCAUCCACGACGUUCCCACCGUCUACACUUGCAAGAAGAAUCAGCUCUUCCACGCCCAACACAAGAGGUGCCUCCCUGCGGAAGAGGUCAAAUGUGAUCCUAGGAUCAAUCCUGACAACUUGAAACCUCCCGUUAAAAAGACUACUACGACAACAACUACCACCACCACUACAACCACACCGGCACCAACCACCACUACAACCACACCUGCACCAACCACCACCACAACCACACCUGAGCCCACAACAACUACUCCAGAACCUACCACGGCCAAGCCAACAACCAUUCCGCCACCCGUCACAACACCAGAAGGCAAAGUGACCAAGCCGAAUACUCCUCCUCCCCACGAUUGCGAUGAAGAUGACCUGGACUGCAUCAUUGAUGUCACUGGGGAUCCCAAAGGAUGGUUCGACUGUCCAGAUAGGUUUGGCCACUUCCCACACGGCGGUAGUGAGAAACUCUUCAUUCACUGCGACAACUGGCGACCUUUUGUUAAGAAAUGCAACUUGCAAGAGAAGUUCUCGCCAAAGUUGCUUGUCUGUGUAUGGAUCGGUAAUCCUGGAGAUCAUGUUGAAAAAUUGAAAUAAAUUAUUUAUCUUCAAACAUGAAA